AUGUACAGCAAAUUUCGACUCAAUACUCACCCACGCGGAUCUCUAUUGACCCUUGUCGAUAGGGAUGGUUCCACGCUCUACGAUAACGAAGGAGAUAGACUCCUCUUCGCAAUCAUCGAACAAAAUGACGUCUCAAUGUUAGACCAAUACUUUUCCUUGUCUCCCGGAUAUCCCUACCCUGGACCAGUUUUGUGCGAGGAUCCGUUCUGGAUUGCGGCCACUUGUGGGAGCACUGAUGUGCUACGCUGGAUGCUAGAACGAUUUGGCGACUUCUCGCGCACACCAGGACCCGCAAAACAGGUGUUCUCACUGCUAAAUCAAGCCUGCUACUACGCGAGAAUCGAGACUAUACUCUUCCUUUUGGAUAGCCAGCCUCCGUUUGGGACGGUUCAUGAUAGAGAAAUUUACGAUACUACCGCUUUGAUGUCCGCUGCAUGCUCUUUCAAUUUCCUAGGGUCAAUACAUCCGGACACCGAAGAAUGGAUUCGCGAUCGUAUCGCUCGAGGCGAGAAGCUGAUGCAUAUUCUUCUCGACCGAGGUGCCCCUACGCAAGAUGCUUCUUUCCCACACCGAGUCUCUGAUAUACAGCCAAGACAGCCUCAACAUACCGUUCUUGGGUUGGCUAUGUUGCGCGCUAGCUCUCCAUUGGUUAAACGACUGCUUAGCGGAGGAGCCGACGUACACAAUAAACAGCGGUAUUGGUACUGGACAUUUUGUGGGAAGAAUGAAUGCUCUCCGUGGGAUGUCACGGCGCUUCAUAUCGGCAGUUUGGGUUGGAAUUCGGACGGCAUUCAAGCGUUGCUUGAUGAUCGCGAGAUCACAGACUUAGUGCUAGCGCGUGAUAGCGAUGGCCGUCUACCAAUCCAUUGGGCGGCCAUAGGUCUCGAUGCGCGUGAGUGUGCACGCCCCGAUGAUGAUGUUGCUCUCCGAUUAGUCAACACAUUCAAAGUUCUUUUAUAUGGCAAACCAGACACCGUCAACGCCCCAGACUCUGAGGGAAUGACACCGCUUCAUCAUUUGGUUGCGCGCCACGCCUCGUGUAGUGGGAGCAAGCAUAUUGAGCUUGCAACUAAGUUCUUGUUAGACGCAGGCGCCGAUGUCAGUGCGCAAGAUAACGAUAAUCAGACCGUUCUCCAUAAACUUUGCACGCUCUGCAUGAACGGUGAUGAUGAAACUACCUUGCUCGAACUCUUGAUAGCACACGGUGCUGAUCCGAGACAUGUGGAUAAGAAUGGCCAAACAGCUCUACACUUAGCGUCCAGAAAUUUACAGCAGGUGCAGGCAGUGAAGGUCCUGCUUUGUCAUGGGGCUGAUUUUAAUGCUGUUAAUAUCCAAGGGAACACGGUGUUUCACCAGUGCAUAGGGGGUGGCGAUAUUCCCCUAGUGCGGUCCUCUGUUGAGAAGAUACGAGCACAGGAUGAGAUGAUUCGUGUUUUACACGAAGCGGCUGGGGGCGAGGACACUUUGAUGGAUCAACCCAAUACACAGGGUAGAACGCCGCGGCAAAUGAUGUUGGAUAAAAGGCGUGUAUGGCAAGAUAAGGAGGAGAGGAUCAGAACACCGUCUGGUCGUCGUGGUCGUGGUCGACCACGACGUGGUGGAUAA